AUGGACUACGAAGACUUAAAGAAGCGAGUGUGGGAUCUCCUUGCUCAGAAUAUCGAGAGCAACUAUCGGGUGGCUGUAGUGGUGGUGGGGCAUCCUGGGUCCGGCAAGUCUACGAUGGCGCAGAGGCUUAAGCGGGACCUGAACCAGGAAUUCCAGAGUCACCUGAAGGCACGAAGGGGUGGAUUGAGGAUUUCCGCGGGCAUUGCUGCGGAAAGCCUGGACGAGACUGUGCCGGUUGCGUCAGGCGCCCUGGUCGAGGAGGCGCGACGGGGGUUCUUCGCGCACGUGGAGGACCCGGGGUUCAAGCCACACAAGUUCUACGAUGGGGAUGGGACCGCAGUUAUCUUCGGGCGCGGCGGGCUCCCCAAUUCGGUGCGCAUCGCGAGCGAAGCCCUGGAUCCAGCGUCAUCGGUCAAUAUAGCUGAGGUGGUGCCCAUGGACGGGUUCCAUCUGUCGCGGGCGCACCUGGACCACUUCGCGGAUGCUGCUGCGGCGCACAAACGGCGCGGGGCACCCUGGACGUUUGACAGUAAUAACUAUCUGCAGCUCUGUAAGCUCCUGGCGGCCACGUGCAAGUGGAAGCCGGCGAAGAGACCGAAGGGCGAAACGCUCAUGGAAACAAUAUGCGAUACCUUUGCACAGUGCCCUGUGAUAUCCUAUCCGGGCUUUGACCACGCGGCGAAGGAUCCCGUACGCGAUCAGCACGUCCUAACGGGCUUCACCCGGGUGCUGAUCUUUGAUGGGCUGUAUCUGCUCUACGACCAAGAAAACUGGGCGCAUAUAUAUCACUCGCUGGCGAGCACCGGCGCGGUGCUGGUCGUCAACGUCACUGCCAGCGAAGAGACCCGCGAGACCCGCGUUGCGACUAGACACUUUGCCGCAGGACUGGUUGGGUCCAUUGAGGAGGGCGUCCGCAAGUUCCGCGAGAACGACUUACUCAACGCCAAGCUCAUCGAAGAACACACGCUGGGGGGCGUGCCAACCUUGAUUCUUUCGAACGACUAA